AGACGUGCAGCGAUGCACACGCGAGUAGUUUAUUUUUAUCAAUUCUAUUAUUCUAGACGUUCUUUAAAUCGAAUAACAUGGUACCAAGAUGUAGUGCUCUUAUAGUGGUGCUCAUAGCGACGCAUCUACUAGUCUCAACGGUUGCCGAAAAUUUGUUUCACUUUUCGUCUUACAAGAAAAACUGGUUCCAAGCAAACGAGUACUGCCACCAGCGCGGUAUGCGCUUAGCAAUCAUCGACUCCCCGCUCAAACACGAGAUGGUCGUUCGGGAAGCUAAAGCCACUCAGUCGCAUCCGCAGGCGUACUUUGGUGGAUGGCUCGGUGCCAGUGACUUGGGACUGGCCGGAACGUACAUUUGGCACGGAACCGGCAAUAAGGUGGCAUACGCCAAAUGGAAACCAGGAGAGCCGAGCGGUGUCGACGAGCACUGCGUGGUGUUGCACUACUGGCAAGAUAUGGGUUUCAUGUGGACCUGGAACGAUGGACACUGUGUUACGGAGCUGACGGCGAUUUGCGAGCCAAUAGAGAACGUUUCAUGUAUUGAGCAGUUCAAGUGAGCUAUUUCGUUUGGGCGUUGAAAGUUAUAUUAUACGAUAUUAAAACCUGUGUAAGUUCAAUCAUUCCAUUCAUGUUUACGUUUCGUAUGAUAAUAACCAUAAAAAGUUCAACAAAAAGUGAGCAAAAUCUAUAAAACAUGAGAAGUUUUAUCCAUCGCAAACAAUUUGUAUCCUAUUCAUUCUAUAUUAUUUUGUAUGUAAAUUUGAGAAAUUUCUACGGAAAUUUCACUUUUUUGUGCAUCGUAUAGGGAUGGAAAGGGAUAUAGGAAUCCCUAGGAUUUUUUACAGUGAUUCCUUUAGAACUCAUCUUGGGAUUUCACAGGAAUUCCUCUCCGUAUUCUUACUGGAAAUUCACUUCAGAUUCCUUUGAGAAUUUUUGUUGGAAUGUCGUAGUGGAAUUCACAAAAAAAUCUUGCCGGGGUUCCUCAAGCAACUCCUGCUGGAAAUAUCCUGGGACAACACACGAAUAGAUCGGACUUAAACUGUCAUUUUAAAAAUGUGGGGGGUGGAAGCUCAGGUAAAAUAUUAUCUCCUGGGCGCCUAUUAAAAACACCACCCCCGGCGAAGACUGGCGCUCGAGCCUAUCUAUUUAGCACUGUAGUUGGAGGAAAUGCCAAUGCAGAACCCGUAGCUUCCGGGAAGGUAAGCCCAGCUCCCUGGGUUAGGGGCUGUCCAUAAACCAC